CCGCGAGGACGCGCGGGACACCUCUGCUGCGUGGAGCGGCGGCGAGCUGGCGGGCGGCUCGCAGUGUGAGGAAGGUUGUGGGUUGGGCCCUUCCUGCUCUGGUGACGUCCCCGGACCGCCAUGGCCUAGGCCUGGGGAGAAACCAACCGGCUUUGCAGUCUUGCGGUUCCGCUCCUCUAAGAGGCGGGCGAGAUUGCUCGUUCUUCUGGAAGAAUGCAGUGACUUGAGGCCAAUGUGCGGGAAGGGUGCUGCCCUGUUUCUGAAACAGAGCCCUAAUGUUACAAGUCUUAAGAACUCAGGACAAGCAGCAGAAAUACAUGCAACAUGGUGACUGGUGAGUUAAAAUCAUUCAUAUGCUGAAAAUAUGUGUGCAGUCUUUUUCCUAGUAAUAUUGAAACAUUACAAGUCCUGCCAAUCAUUCUGGGUGCUGUCUGACAGAAACUGCUAAGUGCUGGAAAAUUGAAGAUGGGGGAGAACUGCAUCUUUGAAUCCAGUAACAGUUUAUUGCUUGAACAAUUUUCUUCUCUUGAAGUGUAAGCCAGCACAACUUUCAGGUUUUAGCAUGAGGACACACCAGGUUUUCUAAGGAACUUAAAUGAUUGAAAUAAAAGCAGUGAAGUUUAAGAUGCACUUAAAAUUUAAAUAUACCUUUUAGGCCUGCUUGUUCCGGAACAUCUUUGUUUUUAACUAUUAAAUUUGAGAUCUGUCUUUUAAGUUGGUAUUUGUAGAUAAUGUUUUUUUGUAAGCUCAUUAACUUCAAUUUGCCUAUUAGGAGAUGUCCUACCUCCAGCCUUCUGUGAUGAAUAGUUUGUGUACCUCUCAGGAACCUUUUGCCUUUCCACCUCCCCUUUCCAAUUUUAUGUUGCCAUUUCACAGAAAAGAUCAAAUAAUGGUUCAUGUUUUUUGUGGAUUUGAAUUGCUCCAAAAAGGUAACCAAAUGUCAGGGGCUCUAGGUGUCUAUCAUGACAGCUUCAGAAUCAAGGAUCUCUUCCGUCAAGCUUGCAUGGUUUUAAUUUAAUCAAUUGUGUUUUGUCCUCCGUGUGCCAUGCUUGCUUGUCUACUUUUUAAAUGGCGACCCUUUAUUGGCAGAGGUCUUUUAUUUCUCAACCUUAGAGUGAGAUGUUACACAAACACCUGUUCUUUUGUGUUACUUUGUACUUAGUUGCCCUGAUUUUGUUACAGAUGUUUUAAGUCUUCUCCAGGCUUUGCUUAAAUGCUUCAUUUGUCACACUGGAUUGUGAUUUCUGGUUGUGGCUGCAUGAAGAAAUGAUAGAUUAACUUCUUGCUUUGCUGAAAAGGGGAAAAGAAUGAACCUUUGAUGUCACACUUGAGGCUAGAGCAAAAUUGUAGGUAGAGCUUGUGGGCUGUAUCAGAAAGCUUUUUUUUUGCUUUUUGAAAUUUCUAUCAGUAAAUUCAGAUGAUCUGUAUAAAAUUUAAUGAAAAGUUAUAAGGUGAACCACUGUGUAACUAUCACCUCUUCAAGAAAUAGAACAGUGCCAGCCCCCUGCACCCUUCAUGGGUCCCUUCCUGGUCAUAGCUUCUCAACCACUAGAGAUAAUUACAAUUCUGACUUCUGUGAUAAUCACAUUCUUUAUUUUUCUUUUUAUUUACCACCUUCAUAUCCCUCAAUGUAGUUUAUUUGCUUUUGAAUUUUUGUAAGUGGAAUCAUGCUGUAUUUUAUGGUUUCCUUCUUUUAGCAUUGUGAAAUUCAUCCAUGUUGUGUGCAGCUGUAGUUCAUUUAUUCCUGUUUCUUUAUAGUAUUCAGCUGUGUGACUAUACCAUAAUUUAUUUAUCUAUCGAUUCUACUAUUGAUAGACAUCUAGAUUCCUUCCAGUUUGCAACUGUUAUAAACAAUGAACAUUCUUGUAUAAGUACCUUUGUAUAUGUGUGUAUCAUAUACCUAGGGGUAGAUUGCUGAGUUAUGUGGAAAGGAUAUUGUCAGCUUUAUUAGUUAAUGCAAAUGGUUGUGCCAGUUUACAGCCCAUUGAUCUUUGGUGGGAAUGUAAAUUUAUGUUUCUGGUUUUAAAGUAUGUUGUCCAAAAAUAGAACCAUGGCAAAAAUGCCCCUAAAUCAGGGUCUCCUCUGGUAAAAGUAUGGAACAGGUGAAUGGCCCAAUGAGAUAAUAGCUAUCACAAACCCUGUAUUGGGUUAGUAUCUUUAAGAAUAGAGGUGUAUCUCCCAAUUUGCUUCUUUGAAAUGACUCUUUAUGUUAAUUAGAACAAAUGUGACUGUAAUUCCUUAAAGUAGAAAUUGAUUUCUUUUUUAAUGUGAAUGUGUUCUUCAAACCAGAUUUAAAAAGCUGUGAGGAGCUAUUGCUAGAGUAGAUGCGAACGAACCAUAAGAGGGGCCCGAGAACCUGACUGGGUAAACAGGAAGAGGCAGGGCUCUGAGGCAGCUCAGAGUUUCUUCUCUUAGUCCAUCUCAUAUUCAAGACCCACUUUGUGGAGCUGCAUGGGGAGCUGGGAAGAGGUAUCAGAAAUUUGAGGAGACCCAAGAAAGGAUGAUUCUGGAACCCUAAGGACUCUGCAAUAUGAAUAAUUCUCUGGAGAACACCAUUUCCUUUGAAGAGUACAUCCGAGUAAAGGCGCGGUCUGUCCCGCAGCACAGGAUGAAGGAAUUUCUGGACUCACUAGCCUCUAAGGGGCCAGAAGCCCUUCAGGAGUUCCAGCAGACAGCUACCACUACCAUGGUGUACCAACAGGGUGGGAACUGCAUUUAUACAGACAGCACCGAAGUGGCUGGGUCUUUACUUGAACUUGCCUGUCCAGUCACCACCAGUGUUCAGCCACAAACUCAACAAGAACAGCAGAUUCAGGUUCAACAGCCACAGCAGGUUCAGGUACAGGUGCAGGUACAGCAGUCUCCGCAGCAGGUCUCGGCUCAGCAGCUCUCCCCGCAGCUCACCGUUCACCAGCCUGCUGAGCAGCCCAUCCAGGUCCAGGUGCAGAUCCAAGGCCAAGCACCACAGCCGGCAGCCCCCUCCAUCCAGACCCCAUCUCUGCAGAGCCCCAGCCCCUCGCAGCUGCAGGCAGCCCAGAUCCAGGUGCAGCACGUGCAGGCGGCCCAGCAGAUCCAGGCUGCAGAGAUCCCAGAGGAGCACAUCCCACAUCAGCAGAUCCAGGCUCAGCUGGUGGCCGGCCAGUCUCUUGCUGGGGGUCAGCAGAUCCAAAUCCAGACCGUGGGUGCCCUUUCCCCACCACCGUCUCAGCAGGGCUCACCCCGGGAAGGGGAGCGACGGGUUGGCACAGCCAGUGUCCUCCAGCCAGUGAAGAAACGCAAAGUGGACAUGCCCAUCACUGUGUCCUAUGCCAUCUCAGGGCAGCCGGUGGCUACUGUGCUGGCCAUUCCACAGGGCCAGCAGCAGAGUUAUGUGUCUUUGAGGCCAGACUUACUGACAGUAGACAGUGCCCACCUGUAUAGUGCCACUGGGACCAUUACUAGCCCUACGGGAGAAACCUGGACCAUCCCUGUUUACUCUGCCCAGCCCCGUGGGGAUCCUCAACAGCAGAGCAUUACCCACAUUGCCAUUCCCCAGGAAGCCUACAAUGCAGUUCACGUCAGUGGCUCACCCACGGCCCUGGCAGCUGUAAAGCUGGAGGAUGACAAGGAGAAGAUGGUGGGCACCACGUCUGUAGUGAAAAACUCACAUGAAGAGGUAGUGCAGACCCUUGCAAACUCUCUCUUUCCAGCACAGUUCAUGAAUGGCAACAUCCACAUUCCAGUGGCUGUGCAGGCUGUGGCAGGCACAUACCAGAAUACAGCUCAGACUGUCCAUAUAUGGGACCCCCAGCAGCAGCCACAACAACAAACCCCCCAGGAACAGACACCACCGCCACCACCGCAGCAGCAGCAGCAGCAGCUCCAGGUUACUUGUUCAGCUCAGACUGUCCAGGUUGCUGAAGUUGAACCACAGUCACAGCCACAGCCUUCCCCAGAACUUCUGCUUCCAAAUUCUCUGAAACCAGAAGAAGGGCUUGAAGUAUGGAAAAACUGGGCCCAGACCAAGAAUGCUGAGUUAGAGAAGGAUGCUCAGAACAGACUGGCACCCAUUGGGAGGCGCCAACUGCUUCGAUUCCAGGAAGAUCUCAUCUCUUCUGCUGUGGCUGAGUUGAAUUAUGGGCUCUGUCUAAUGACAAGAGAAGCUCGAAAUGGAGAAGGUGAACCCUAUGAUCCAGAUGUGCUCUACUAUAUUUUCCUGUGUAUUCAAAAGUAUCUUUUUGAAAAUGGAAGGGUUGAUGACAUUUUCUCCGAUCUUUAUUAUGUUCGAUUCACGGAGUGGCUACAUGAAGUUCUGAAAGAUGUUCAGCCCCGAGUCACUCCACUUGGCUAUGUCCUGCCCAGCCACGUGACUGAGGAGAUGCUGUGGGAGUGCAAGCAGCUCGGGGCUCACUCCCCUUCCACCCUGCUGACCACCCUCAUGUUCUUUAACACCAAAUACUUCCUUUUGAAGACAGUGGACCAGCAUAUGAAGCUGGCCUUCUCCAAGGUUUUGCGACAGACAAAGAAGAACCCCUCUAAUCCUAAGGAUAAAAGCACGAGUAUUCGGUACCUGAAGGCACUUGGGAUACACCAGACUGGCCAGAAAGUUACAGAUGACAUGUAUGCAGAACAGACGGAAAAUCCAGAGAAUCCACUGAGAUGUCCCAUCAAGCUCUACGAUUUCUACCUCUUUAAAUGCCCCCAGAGUGUGAAAGGCCGGAAUGACACCUUUUAUCUGACGCCCGAGCCAGUGGUGGCCCCCAAUAGCCCAAUCUGGUACUCGGUCCAGCCUAUCAGCAGAGAACAGAUGGGACAGAUGCUGACUCGGAUCCUGGUGAUACGAGAAAUUCAGGAGGCCAUUGCAGUGGCCAACGCAAGCACCAUGCACUGAGAUGCCUAAGCCAUGGUGCAAGGGAGAUGAUCCAGGAAAAAAAAUGGACAGACUUUCACACUAAAGAAGAGGCCUCCAUUUUUUCUUUUUUUUAUUGGUGUAGUUAUGAAGCCUUUCAGACUGCUUCUGUUUAAAAUGUAAAAGGAAACUUUGCCUCCUGUGCGUCUCCGUAAAUCUGCGGCAGAUUCCUCAGCCCGUGGGGGUGCUGGGUUUCCUGAAAAGCCAGAUGUCCUAGAAAGUGGCUGGCUGGCUUUUUCUUUUUUUGUCUGGGGCCUGGGAAAAGGGCUUGGACUGUUAGGAGAAAUGUGGCCCGUUCCCUUACUCUAGAAAGAUGGAAUUAGUGAUGGAUGGACCCUGCAGGGAAUCUCCCCAGCUGGCUUCCACUCUCACUGGCAGACGUCGCUGACCACAGGGGAUCCACCGUCUUUUUCUUUCUUCAUGCUCAGACAUAAACUUAGCAUCUUAAUGGAAGGAAAAUGAGGGGAACUUCAAUUAUGAUUUAUUAAAGACAAUUUCUAUUACACCCUCCUUUAUGACAAGUGACAUUUUAGAUGUUAAAGUAAAAACUUUACCAUGCCUUUUUUUUUUUUUUUUUUUUUUUUUUUGGCCUAGCAUUGAGGCCUUAAACCUGAGGCUCCUGUGCCUGAUGGAAUUCUUGUAACAUACACUUGUGUAUCAUAUAAAGAUACCACUCUGUUUCUCUUAUGUAUUCUUAAUCUAGUUGUUUAUUAAGAAUGACAAGCACGUCUUUUCAA